AUGGCACCACCUUUUUUCAACGACAUCUCCAGAGAUAUCAACGGUCUUUUGAACAGGGACUUUUUCCAUACCAGCCCGCUCUCUUUGAACAUAUCUACCACGACGCAAAAUGGAGUUAAUUUUGCUCUGAGGGGGAAGCAGGCUGUGAAGGAGGGUCCUAUUCAGGCCAGCGUUGAAGGCCGGUUCUACGACAGGAAGGAAGGUGUUUCGUUGUCUCAAAGUUGGUCGAACCAAAACAGGUUGAACUCAAGAAUCGAGUUCUCAAAGAUUGCACCUGGUUUGAAAGCCGAUGUGAAUGCGUGCUUAACGCCUCAGGCAAUCAAGAGCGCUAAGGUCAACCUGAGCUUUGCACAAGAAUUCUUCACCACGAAGGGAUCCGUGGACCUGUUGCACACCAAGGACUUUGUCGGAAACGUGACUCUGGCCCACGACGGGUUCGUCGGCGGUACCGAGAUCGCUUACGACAUCCCCGGUGGGGCCCUGGCGCGCUAUGCCGUCGCCUUGGGGUACCUUGCCAGCGAUUACUCCUUUGUCUUGUCCACCAACAACAAGCAGUUCACGUCCGCGUCCUUCUUCCAGAACGUCAACCGUCACUUGCAAGUGGGCGCUAAAGCCACUGUGCAAUCGAAGGCAACCCCCAGUAUGAACAUUGAGUUCGUUACUAAGUACCUGCCCGAUUCCACAUCACAGAUCAAGGCAAAGAUCACCGAUUCGGGCCUGGCUACGUUGUCCUAUAAGCAAAACUUGAAAAAAGGCAUCUCUUUGGGGAUGGGCAUGUCAUUUAAUGCGCUAGAGUUGGCCGAGCCGGUUCACAAGUUCGGCUGGUCUCUUUCAUUUUCGGCAUGA